AUGCAUCUGGUGGUGGGCAAGCGCAUCUCGCUCGGCUCGCACCGCGGCACAAUUCGCUACGUGGGGCCCGUGCCGCCCUCUAGCGGCGAAUGGCUCGGGGUCGAAUGGGAUGACUCCAGCCGCGGCAAGCAUGACGGUACGAGCGGUGGCACGCGCUACUUCACCGUGCGCAUCCCAGGAAGCGGCUCAUUCAUCCGUCCUACCGCAUCCAAACUCUGCAGCGGAUGCAGCUUUGUCGAAGCGCUGCGCAACAAGUACGCCCCGCCAGAGCUGCCAGUACAAGAGCACGCACAGCAGUCGUACUCGCGCAAGACCAUCGCGGAUAUAGAGAUCGAGACGCCUAAUCUCGACCGCAUCUCGCGCCGCGCCGCGAGGCUCGACAGGCUCAGAGACGUCGGUCUGGGCGGGUGGCAGUCUGGCUCGAGUGUCGAGGAGCAGACGGCUGAGGAGCAGUACAGUGUCGCGCGCGCGUUCGAUCCAGACAAGGGCUUUCCGCAGGGUGUGAUUCGCUCGACUUGCCCCAAUCUGCGCUGGCUGGAUCUGUCGCGCUCCUUGCUACCGGACUGGGAGGAGGUGUCGCUCAUAACAGGGGAGCUAGAUCACUUGCAGACGCUGCUACUGCACUGUAAUUGCCUGCAGCCACCGCCUCAGCCACUGCCUCCGAGCUGGGCGGACCGACUCGGUCAUAUCCACGAUCUCAGGCUCGACGCCACGUUCAUCCAGUGGGACGACAUCCUCAAACUCGCUCCGGCACUCACGGGGCUCAAGCACCUCCAGCUCGGCGGCAACGGCAUCACCACCUUGGUCUCGCCAAGUGCCGGUGCGCAGUCGGCCUUGCUACCAGCCUUGACCUCGCUCAGCCUCGAAGAGAACGAGCUUGCUUCGUGGGCCGAUAUUGCCUCUGCUUUGGCACAGUUGCCGUGUCUGGAGAGUCUGAAUCUGAACCGUAACCGCGUCGCCAGUAUCGCACCAGCGUCGACCUCAGCAAAGCUGCCCAAGCUCAAGGAACUUUUCCUGCGCGGCAACCAGCUCGACACAUGGACGUCGCUCGAGAACAUCCCGUCCUGGCUCGCGAACGGCCAGCUCGAGGCGCUGCACAUCUUUGACAUGGACGAGACCGCCUCGGCCAAUGUGGGCUUGCUGGCGAGGUACGAGUAUCGCGACUUUCGCGCGGUCGCCAUUGCGCGGCUGGGCAGCCUCGCAGUGCUGGACAAGACGCCGAUCACGCCCAAGGAGCGCAAAGACGCCGAGCUGUUCGUCUACACCCGAUUCCGCCAGGGCGACGCAUCGAUCAUCGAGGGUGCCCCUGCCCACCCUGGCCAAUCUGCCACACUUGUGCUUUCGACCCCGGACAAUGUUGCGCGAUUUCCGCGGUUCGCACAGCUCGCACAGCAGUUCGAUGCGGAUACCGACAUCCCAGCCAGACCCGCAAGGGAGAGUACCACCACGCUGCGCUCCAAUAUGCUCUCGGUCAUGGUGAUUGCCUCGCCGUCGGCGCCGGCGCAGUGCCAGCCGCACGUGGCCCAGCCGCACGCAUCCGCCGCUGUGCGCCUGCUCGCCACAACGCCACUGCGCAUCGCCAAGACCAAGCUCGCGGCGGCCGUGCGCGUGCGUGCCGACCAAGUGGACCAAGUGUGGGCGCUCCUCUCACCCCCCAACGCACCGCAAGGAGCAGACAAGAUCGUGCUCGAGAUCGACGACCUCUCGCGCAGCCUUGACUGGUACCAAGUCGCCUCCGACGACCAAAUCGUACUCGUCAUCCCGUAG